AUGAGAGGUUCCAGACAAACAAGUGAACUGCUCUCUACAACCGUCGACGGACGCGUUGACUCUGGGUCUGAGGAUGGCCCAAUCAGGUGUGAUAUCUGCGGCCGUCAUGUGCGCAGCUCUAAAGGCAUGUUGAAUCAUCUCCGCCAGGACGCAAACUGCCGUGAGAAGAGAUCAAAUGCCGAUUCCCCAGCCGGCCAUCCCAUCAUUCUCGAACAUCCAGGUGGGUCGACAAACCACCUGGUGAUCACCCUCCCAGACAGCCCGCCGCCGCCGGCCAUGUCCACGACCAAUGCCCAAGAGAUGAGCAUGGCGCCUAAUAAUCCUGCCCCUCUGGAGGAUCAUCAUUCUACGAAGCUCAAGGAGGUCCAUCAAGGACUCCUAGAGAGUCUAAUGCCCAAUGACGCACCCCUGAAUGCUGGUGAUGUGACCUUGCAUCAGGGUGCAGACUCCCUGAAUCAUACCGACCCGUGGUGGCCCGAUGUUCAAGAUUCAUUUGCUGGCUCCGGGGACCCGGCCACGAGCCAAGAAUCCAUCAUGGCUCAAUUGAUGGCCGUUCCGAGGGCCCCUUCGUCUUUGUUCCAGCAGCAAGUUCCGUUCACAAAUGACGUGACUGGACUCAUCUGCGCGAGCCCCUGGUCGGUCUCUUGGGCGCAACAGUCAUACGUUUCUAUGGGGUUUGAGGCACCGCUGGUGCGAGAGCCCAUGUUACCCAUGGCGCCCAUGGCACCACCAACUGAUCAAACCUUCCCACCGACACUUGAACCUUUCUCACCAAUACCGCAUGCACAAGGGUCUGAGGUCCAUGGGGAAUCCAGCAGUAAUGGAGCUGAUCUUGAUGUGGGCAACCAGCCCUCCUUCAACGUGCCCGUCCCAAGCGGGGAUACUGCGCUCUACUUUCUCAGAACCCCCCUGUAUGACUUCAACUGCGAUCCCUUCUCUAUCGCUGGGAGUUUUAUGCCUCCUCCUUACGCUUCUCCUCCAUGCAACAUCUCACAACCAUUCUCUCCGGGUGCCACCCUAUCUCUGGUUGAGGACGCGUCUGACGGUGCGGGCGAUGCCGUGCCUAUGAACCCGAGCACCGUGGCCUCUAUGAACCCUCUAAAUCUCCCACCGGGACAGCUCCCAUUGCCUGGUGGCCCUGAGCUGGGGUCUGCGCCAGCCAUUCAUGUUCCAGAAUACUCAGCCGAAACAGCGGCGGCCGCAAUGCUUCAGCGGAGCAGGGUGCCCAAACCAAACGCCCCAGCCAUCAUGCUGCUCAUCCAGGAAAACACAUGCCCUACCUGCAAGAAAGACAAGCCCCAUCCAGGGGAGCGUGAUAUGAAGUCGCACAUCCGCACCGAGUUGCCGUACCGGACCACCGAAGGCCAGGUCAUCCUGCUGCGUGGCCGCCACCCCAAACUCCCCCUCGCCUUUACUAUUGACGGCCAGGGGUACAAGAACGGCAUCUUCUGGUGCCCGUUCUGCAUCCACAGGGUCCAGGUGGUGUGCGGAGGGCACCCGAACGACAGCCACGACUCGACCUGCCCGACAUGCAGGAGCUUCAUGGCUACGGGAAUUGCACACCUCGGGAGCCACUUGACAAGGCUCCAGGACCCAAGGCUGUACGUCCCUGGCCACCACGACACAUGCCCCGGCGCCGAGCGCGGGUGCAACUGCAUCCCGCACUAUUGGCGCGUCUAA